AUGUACUUCCAGGAUGAUUUAAUUUUCUUUUCCAACUUCUCAUUGGCUUCUUGCGUUCAAACUUGGUAGCAGAAAACGAUACUCCUGGAAGAAUUACUGAAAUUUCUUUUCAAGAUUAUGGACUUGUAACAUUUGAGCUUUCAUACUAGAAAUGAAAUCUAUAUAAGCAGGCUGCUGCCUAGCUUUACGAUGCAUUCGCCGGUUAUAUCUGCGUGUUCCUAGUGAUUUCUUGGAAAGCUGAGAGCCAAACUAAAGAUGGAGAAACUUACAACCCAAUUCUUCUAUUGUUUCUUCUUCAUUGCUCUUAUUGUUUUGCAGUCACCUCCAGCAACAUCUCAAGAAGUUGAGGACGAGACAGAGUUUAACUAUGAAAAAGGAAGUGAGCAUGGGCCAGAACGAUGGGGAGAGCUUCACAGCGAAUGGAGUGAUUGCAAAAAUGGAACAAUGCAGUCUCCAAUCGAUUUACUGCAUGAGAGAGUUGAAGUAGUGUCCCAUUUAGGGAGACUUAAAAGAAGUUACAAGCCUUCUAAUGCCACUUUAAGAAAUAGAGGCCAUGACAUGAUGUUAAAAUGGGAAAAUGGUGCAGGGACUCUUGAGAUAAAUGGAACUGAAUAUACACUAAACCAGGUCCACUGGCAUUCACCUUCUGAGCACACUCUCAAUGGCGAGAAAUUUGAUCUAGAGGCUCACAUGGUUCACCAGAGCACAGAUGGGAAAAUUGCAGUUGUUGGGAUCAUGUACAAAAUCGGCCGACCUGAUUCUUUCUUGUCAUUGAUAAAGGAUCAUUUAGCAGCCAUUGGUGGCAGCACUGAAAGAGAUAGAGUGGUGGGUAUGAUUGAUCCCAGGGACAUAAAGAUAGGCAGUAGAAAGUAUUACAGAUACAUCGGCUCUCUUACCACUCCUCCCUGCACAGAAAAUGUUCUCUGGACAAUAGUCAGAAAGGUGAGGACUGCGACAAGAGAGCAAGUGCAAUCUCUUCGCGUGGCUGUUCAUGAUGAAUCGGAUACAAAUGCAAGACCAUUACAGCCAUUAAACUGGAGGUUGCUGCAACUUUUCAGACCAGAUGAUGAUUUGACACGAAGCCCAUGAUGUUUAUUUUAGUUUUUUCUUAUGUAUACAAAUUUUAGAUUGCCAUAUACGCUCCUGGAUGCCUAUAUUGCAGGAGAUCUACACUUCAGAGACAGCUAUAUCUACAGAUUUUUUUUGUUCUUUGGCCUUCAUUUUCUUUUAUUAUAUGCGUAGAGAUUACGUAUAUCCUAAAUAAAUACAAUUUUUUUAUAUCA